UGACUAUACAAAGACAUGAACACGAACAAAGGGUCAUUACGUUUCAGAUAUGGACUCGAACAAGGAAGCUUGUACUUCUGAUCUAGUUGUGCCACAUUUUUCAUUUAACGAGGAAGAGAGCCUUUUUUUAAAUGAAAUGGAAAUGACAAGUAACAAUGAAUCGAACGCGGACGAUCGUUUCAAUGGCGACAGAGAUGAAAGCUUUGGUUUGGUACCCGAAAACACGACAUGGUCUGUUCAUGAAGAAACAGCUGCAAAGCGAAAACAAAAGGACCGAAAUCAUCUCUCUUGCAAAUUAACCGCAAAGUUGAGCGACGAGAAGCUUGAAAAGAUGUCUCUUCAAACCUUGAACAAGAAAUCCGACACACUGGUGCGAAAGUUUAGAAAGCGACGACGAGUUCUCAAGAACCAAAAAUACGGCGCUCUAAAGUGUCGUAAGAAAGAUUCACAAAAGACGGAUAAUGUCACGGAAGAAAAUGCGGCUCUUGAGUUAAAAAUUUUGAAGGCCAAGGAAGAAUUGAGAAACGUCGCCAGCGAAAGGGAUGAAUACAAACUGAAAUGCGAGAGAUUAAACGAAACUUUGGUCGCCUGCCAUUCAAAAGGACAGUAAUGGCGUCCUUGACUGACUCGUUUCGAAUAACUUCCUUCUCUUAGCAACGAGUAUCCAAUUUAAUUUUCACGGUGAAGAAUACUUUUCAAGAAUGUUGUAAUAGUAUUAAAAGAAUACUUAAGGUAGUUACGACUAUAUCAAAUGGAAGAUUCCUGGUCACGCAGUGUCUAAUAUCAAGAUGUUCUCCUGAUAUUGUUUGGCUAAUAUAUACGAAGAUUUUUAUUUCAAACCGAAAAUUUCCUGCGUUUAGACUUGCGAAAUGUUGAGCGAUAUUACUUUCAGACAGCGAGGAAUCGAAUUGGAUCAUGACCUAGCUGUUAUUUCCGCAUCACAAGCUCACCACAAGGAAAUUGUUACACCUGAUAAAGCGAGAACUGAUGGGAAGGACGAUUCAGUAGAGCGGGACCAAAAUGAUCGCUGCUCUAGCUGUUUCAGCGAGAGAGAAUGACCUUCUAGAGACGAGAAUGGAAACCUGGCAGCUGUCCUGCAUUUCUCAGCAAUCAAUUCCUCGACUAUCAGGGGAUUCCGCUUUGAUCGAUCCAAGCAAAUCGCCUGUUUACGUUAGAUGGAGUUAAAUGCUACGCCUUAAGGAAUUGACUGCGGGCGCACUUACGGGCCCACAUAUAAAGUCUAUAGACAUUAAGUAUAAGCGUAGAGCUUGCAAUAAGUGGUAAUUGAUGUAGAAUUCUAAUCAUGACUUCAGUAAGAAUUUUUUCCUUCUUUCCACAAAAGGAAUUAACCGCCUAAAGCUUGUAGACAUCGGCCGAUCGGCAUAGUUGUAGUUUAUCACGUCUUUUGGGCCGUGUCUUUUUAACACUUAAUGCCCGGGAAUCAGUGUUUAUACUGCUUUCAUGGAAAUUUUCUUGGGAGAAAGAAAUAUGUCUGGUUGUAAUCCUA